AAAAAAAAAAAAAAAGAAGAAAGGAAUAUAAAUUGUCACUUUAAGAUGAAUUACUAGAAAUAUACGAGUCCCAUUUUGUGUAAAUAUACAAAAAGGGGAAAGCGAAAGAAGUGAAGGGGAAGAAGAAGGGAGGAAAAAAAAAAACAUUUUACACAUACAAACAAAUUUUUGCAAAGGUACAUGCGGGAGGAACACGGUUAUAUAAUGCGAGUGGUGCUAUCAGAAGUCUGACUUCCGUUUGUCCUGCGUCAGGGGAAGUGAACUGAAGAGAAACACAAAAGAGAUCCAAAAUUUCGAAAAUUAUGAAUGAAAGGAUACUAAAAAAUAUUUGGAAGUGCGAGUCUUCAUGUCUAUUAAGCAAAAAUAAUUUUAACGCAAGUUUGGUUUCCACAUUUAAAAUAUCAAGAUGUAGCACUUUGCUUCUGGAGGGGAAAAAGAAGUUGGUGGCACUUGGCGGUGCGAAUCAGAACGGCGUAGUGCGCGGGAGUAAGGAAAGGAACGAUCGUCAUUGGGGGGAGAACGAACUUUUGGAUGAUGGAGCACAGGGUGUCUUAACCGGGGGCGCACACAAUAAUAGGGGUAACUGCAGUGGUGAAGGCUCGCCGUUAAAAGGGACACACUACGCCUUACGCUUUGACAAGGGCGCCCGAAUGCUGCGCGCUGGGCGAAACCGGAGCUCCUGGAAGAUACUGACCGUGAGUUCGUAUUCAACGGUGAGAGGGAGCAAAGAUGAACGUGAGGGAGGACAACCAGGAAAAAAGGAUGCUCAUGCGGCUGCGGAUGCAAAUAGUGGGUCACUCGAGAAGGACGAACCCGAAACCCCCAUGCGUAAGAACAAGCCACAUGUUGAAAAAGACAACCAGGUGGGUUGCAAACAGGUGGAUGGUAAUGGCGACACGCUGCAGGAUACGUGUGGGGAGGAAAAAGCAAAAACGGGGAACCACAUUAGCAGCAGUGGAGCGAUACGCACGAACGAUGGAGAGACGCAGCAGAACGAAAAGGGAGAGCAACCUUCGGAAGGCCAUAACAUCGAUUUGCAUAGGGAUGACUCCCAGAGCAGCAGUGAUGACGGAAAAGACGAACUAACCGAGAAGCUAAAAAAAAAAAACGAAAUAAAAAAAGUGUUAAACAUAAUAUUUUGCUCAUCCAUUCCCAUGAUCGGAUUCGGGUUCAUGGAUCAGUUUAUAAUGAUCCGUUUGGGAGAUAUUUUCGAUGCAUCCAUCGGAGUGUCCUUCGGCAUAUCGACCCUGUGUGCUGCUUCCUUUGGCCAACUCUGCAGUGACACUUUUGGAAUCUUUUUUGGCUAUGUCUUAAAUUAUUUAUUACAAACUUAUAAAGUUAUUCAGCCAGCCAAAUUCGACAUCAAAAAUAAAGUGUACCAGUAUUGCACCUUAGUGGGAUCCGUGUUGGGGAUUCUACUAGGUUGUGCCCUUGGGAUGUUGCAACUCAUUUUCAUCGACACAACAAAGAGUGAAAGAUUGAAAAAAAAAAAAGAAUUAGAUUUUAUAUUCCAAAUGGUUAUGUGUGAUUGUUCCAAUAUUUUAAACUGCGAAGCAUCCACGCUCUUUCUCUACGAUAAAGCCAAAAACGAAUUAUGGAGCAAAGCCAUACAUGGAAGAAAAAAUAUCAUAAAAAUAUCAGCCAAUAGCAAUGAAAAAAGUUUCAAUCUAUGGGUUCUUCGAAACAAAGAAAUAAUUAACUGCAAGGAUGUCGUAAAUAAUGAAUUGUAUAACCCCUCACAUGAUGAAAAAUUUAAUUUCAAAACGAGGACCAUUUUAGCGGCACCCAUCUUAGAUCGAAAUAACGAAGUUGUCGGUGUUCUUAUGUUCCUUAACAAACUAAGGUCCCAUGGUGGGUACUUUACCAGGAAUGAUGAAAAGCUAGCUGAGAUGAUGAGCAAACAUAUUUCCAUCUUUAUGGAAAAGUUCAAUUAUAUCAGUGAGGGUGAUAAAAAAAUGAUCAUAUUCGAUAAGGAAAAGAAUAUAUCCCGCGAGGGGGAGGAAGAAGAGGCAGAAGAGGAAGAGGAGGAAAAUGACCCACCUAUACUCAACAACAGUUUGAACCCUAACCAAGCGGAAGGUGAACUCACGAGGGAACACACACAUGAGGGAAAUAAACCGCAAAGCAAACACCAUUCAGUUAAAGAACGGAAAAGAAAAAGACCCCCCAAAAAAAAUUUGCACUAUCAAAUUUCGCAAAUAGAUGAAGAUGAUAAAAUAUUCGACGAAGGAAGCGAAAAUGCGAACAUAAAGCAGUUUGAUGAGUACUAUGAUGAGAAGACAGAGGAGGAAGAGGAGGAGGACGAUGUGUACGACGAUGAGGAUUACGACGAGGAUGAGGAAGACGCGGAGGUGGCGAGGCAAGCAGAGGUGGAGAACCCCGCGCAGAAGGGGGAGGAAGAGGUGUGUAAAGCAACCCAGCCUAGUAGGGGGUCCAUCGAAAAGGAGCAGACUGACAAAUUGGACGAGAAACAACGUGAAAUAAUAAACCUGUUGCCCAUUUCAAAAACGGGGGCGGAGAAAAAUGAACAACCAGUUAAAGAUUUCUUAGUGGAAGAUCAUUUUAACGAUAGAAAGGAUCAUCUUAGUGUGGGGAAGAAUAUCUCAAAGGAGUGCCAAGCAGACCGAGCUGAUUGCAAGGUCGAAAUGAUUAACCGGGGGGAUGACCAAGGUGAACCGCAUAAACUCUCCUUUUUUAACAUAGACAAGAAGGUAACAGAUGACGCGCAAAAGAAGGACCCCUCCUCGUUCGGGGAUUUCAACUCAGGGGGAGCUCUCCCCGUGUUGUCCCAUCCCCACACUGUUGCAGGAAGGACUACUAGUGAGAACCUCCCCGGUGAGCAUAACAGGAACAGUGCCGCCAAUCACCACCCACGCACUGACCACAGCAACGAAGGAGAAAAGGAACCCACCAAUUUUGAAAUACUAUCGAUUGCCCCCAACGUGGAAAACCUUUUUAAAAGUCGCAAAGAAGGAAACUAUAAUUUUUACGAAAAAAAUUCUGAGGAAAAUGUUAAUUUGGGGAGCAAGUGGAAGGAGCUUAGUAGAGCUUCCUUAAGUACCAUGUUGAGUGGUGGUGUUACUGAAGAGGGAGAAGCCAUCCCUAGUGGGGCAAAUUCGAAAGUUAGCUACCCCCGUGUUGACGGGACGGACCGUUACGGUAAGGACGGUGCAGGGAGUGGUGCACCUGACCACUCGAGCGAUGGGUCGUCUGUUUACAACGGCGGCGUUGCACCAGAUUAUACUUACUACUACGACAUCGAGCACACGAGCGAUUACGGCAAUUUGUACGUGAAGGACUUCGGUAGUGGGGUGGGGGCAAACAAUGCGUUCGAGAAUGAGCGAAAGAAGGCACAAAACGACUCCAUCGAAAGUUACCACCGCGGAUACAACAGCGCCAUUUUGAGUGAGACCCUGUGUAGGAACUCGUCCCUCUCCGUGGCGAGUGGAAUCAAGGAAGAGCCUUUCAAAAGAUACACACAGAAUUAUGUGCACGCGAAGGAGGUCUUAUUGAGGAAAGCAGCUCUUCUGGAAGGAGCGGGAAAGAUGUACAGCUCCAGUGCAUACAACUCAGAAAAGUAUUUUUCACACAUUCACUUUGCGAAAAUAUUUAACAUGGUCUCUGAAAAAAAAAUGAAUAUAAAAAAUUUCAAAAUUUUAAAAAAUAUCUACAAGUACAAUUUAAAUUUUAAACUCAUCAAUAAUUAUAUCCUUCAUAAGAUUUACGAGAAUACCACCGUUAGUCGUCUCGCACCAAGCACAUGCUACAAUAUUAAGAUAAUUGAUUUUUUCUUCAAGGAAAAUUUGUACCUUUUAAAUAAAAGCACCAUGAAUGAUAUCAUUUACAAGUAUAUAAUUUUUUACUACUGCAGAAAAAAGUUGAGGAAAAAAAACUUUAACUAUUACAAUUACCAGGACAUGUACAUCGCGGAGAAUUUUUUCGGUCAAAAUACUCACACCAAGAAGGUCCCCAAAAUUCUGGAUGAGGAUCUGGGGAAGAAGAGCGCGAUAAUCACAGUGGACAGAUAG